AGCCAGUGUGCUUCGCGCCGCGGAAAACACACGUUGCUCAUCAGGUGUGUAAAAGAUUUGCAGCAUCUACAGUGAAGAAAUUUUCUUUCAAAAAUAUAUCUCUUGUUUUUUUAAAAAAAAGAGAUGCAAGAUGCAUGAAAAGAACUUUAGUAGAAUAAAUCUAUUUUGUUCAUCAACAAUCAACUUUUAAAUUCAAUGUGCAAUUUGAACUUGAGUUAAAAAGAGGUGUGUUUCUAAGCAAGCCAAGUAUAUUAAAGGACCCUGGAUGCAGCCUGGAAUCGGUGGAACGAGCGACCGAGUUGGCGCUUCAGGUGAUGAUGAGGCACCUAAAGAUCCUGGUGCUCGAGUCAUUCAACAUUCAUACACUGAGAAAUAUACAGAGAAAGAUUAUGAAGGACAUCGGGCACAUACAGUUUAUGUGGGUGUACAUUUGCCUGGAGAAAGAAGACAUCGUCGGCAUCAUAAACACCAUCAUUCCCGACCGACAAAUGGAACCAAUAAAGAAGACGUUGACAAUGAAAGACCUAUUACACCACCGGCUCAAAGAGUACAAUUUAUUCUUGGCGAAGAAGUUGGUGAUGAUGCUCAUGAAUCUCAUCCCUUAUUUUCUGAAAUGGAAGAGCUCAUCAAGGAUGGUGAUGAAAUGGAAUGGAAAGAAACUGCUAGAUGGAUCAAAUUUGAAGAAGAUGUUGAAGAAGGUGGAAAUAGAUGGUCUAAACCUCACGUUGCAACACUUUCUUUGCAUUCACUUUUUGAGUUGAGAAGUCUUUUAUUAAAUGGAACUGUCAUGUUGGACAUGGAAGCAAGUAAUUUGGAGCAAAUUACAGAUCUCGUAUUGGAUAACAUGAUCAAUAAAGGAGCAUUGCCGUUUGAAGUUCGAGAUAAGGUCAGGGAAGCUCUUUUAGUUCGACAUCGGCAUCAACACGAAAGAAAGACCAACAUGUCAAGGCUUCCUAUUAUUAAAUCAUUAGCAGAAAUGCGGAAUCAUUCAUCGUCAAAAAAUUUUAACUGCUCUUGUGGUAUAUUUACACAAGAUUUACAGGAUCGUCAUGACCCAGGUGAUGUUUAUUCACCAAGCGUAUCACGCAGCAACAGUUGCCCUGCUUCGAAUGCAACUAAAGAUGCUAAAGAUCUUAAAGGGCCAUAUUUAUUGGUUCCAGGUCAAGAGCCAAGCAAUAAUGGAAUGGAUAGAAGCCCUAGCAGUAUCUCCAUUAGCAGGAAUCAUAGUUCCUCUGGAUUAGAAAAUGGAAAGGGUAAUACUCAUUUUAUGCGUAAAAUACCACCAGGAGCCGAGGCUAGUAAUAUUCUAGUGGGAGAAGUUGAUUUUUUGGACAAGACGUUGUCUGCUUUUAUAAGACUUAGUCAAGCUUUCAUAUUGGGUGAUUUAACCGAAGUUCCUGUUCCAACAAGAUUCAUUUUUGUUCUUCUUGGACCAACGGGAGGUAUAUCUAAUUUUCAUGAGAUAGGAAGGGCAAUGGCAACUCUAAUGUCAGAUGAAGUUUUCCACGACGUUGCUUAUAAGGCAAAAAAUAGAAAUCAUUUAUUAGCAGGAGUAGAUGAAUUUUUGGAUGCUGUUACCGUUUUACCUCCAGGCGAAUGGGAUCCAACUAUUCGAAUAGAGCCACCUGCUGCAAUUCCGGAUACAAGAAAAAGACCCAAGGAAGAAAAGCCAAAGGAAGAAGUUAACGAGGAGGCUGACGAACAAAAGCUAAGAGAAGAAUCGGGUUUAUCAAGAACUGGUAGACUAUUUGGAGGAUUAAUUAAUGAUGUUAAGAGGAAAACUCCUUUUUACUUUUCUGACUUCAAAGACGCAUUGGCACUACAAUGUGUUGCAUCAUUCAUAUUUCUCUAUUUCGCAUGUCUAGCACCUAUAAUCACAUUUGGUGGUCUUCUAAGUGAAGCUACUGAUAAACACAUGGCUGCUAUGGAAUCUCUUGUAGCCGGCUUUGUAUGUGGCAUUGGUUAUGGUUUUUUUUCUGGUCAACCUCUAACAAUUUUGGGUUCAACUGGACCAGUUUUGGUAUUCGAACAAAUUGUCUUCAAAUUUUGCAAAGAGUAUGCUUGGAAUUACAUGUCAUUUCGAUUUUGGAUUGGCACGUGGAUUAGUGUAAUUUUAGUUAUUCUUGUUGCACUCGAUGCCAGCGCUUUUGUGUGUUAUAUUACGCGAUUUACCGAAGAAAAUUUUGCUACAUUGAUAGCUUUUAUUUUUAUCUUUAAAGCGGUUGAAAAUGUACUAUCGAUAAAUAAAAAUUAUCCAAUAAAUACGCACGGUAGCGAUGGACUCAACUAUAAUUGUUCAUGCAAACCGUCAGAUAAUUACUUUCCAUCUAGUUAUGACAAUAUAAACUGGACAUCAAUGGAUAAAAUUGCUUGCAAGAACAACAAUGGUACAAUGAUCGGUGAUCACUGCAAUUAUGUACCCGAUGUGUUCCUUAUGUCAAUUAUCCUCUUCGUGGGGACAUUUUUGAUGUCCGUUGAGCUCAAGGAUUUUAAAAAUGCUCUAUUUUUUCCAUCUAAAGUAAGACAAAUUGUAAGCGAUUUUGCCGUUAUCAUUGCAAUUUUUUCAAUGUCGGCUUUAGAUUACUAUGUAGGCAUUAGUACACCCAAAUUGGAAGUUCCUAAUGAGUUUAAACCAACAUUACAUGGUAGAGGCUGGAUAAUAUGGCCUUUCCAAGACAAUCCAUGGUGGAGUGCACUUAUUGCAGGUCUUCCAGCCAUGUUAGGUACAAUUUUAAUUUUCAUGGAUCAACAAAUUACAGCAGUAAUUGUUAACAGAAAAGAGAAUAAACUCAAGAAAGGUUGUGGUUAUCAUUUGGAUCUCUUUAUACUGGCGAUUUUAAUUCAAAUAUGCACAGUGAUGGGUUUGCCGUGGUUCGUUGCAGCAACUGUUCUUUCGAUUAAUCAUGUUAAUUCAUUAAAAUUGGAAUCAGAAUGUGCAGCGCCAGGGGAGAAGCCACAAUUCUUAGGUGUUAGAGAGCAAAGGGUUACUCACAUCUUAAUAUUUUUAAUGAUUGGCCUUUCUGUUCUUUUAACUCCACUGUUAAGGAAAAUUCCAAUGCCAGUAUUAUUUGGAGUUUUUCUCUAUAUGGGUGUUUCGUCACUGAAAGGUCUUCAAUUUUUCGACAGAAUACUCAUUAUUUUCAUGCCUGUUAAAUAUCAGCCGGACUACAUGUUUCUUCGACAGGUUCCAUUGAAAAGAGUACACAUGUUUACAUUUAUUCAACUGACAUGCCUUAUAUGUCUAUGGUUAGUUAAAUCAUUUCACAGUACAUCAAUUCUGUUUCCAUUAAUGCUUGUAGUGAUGAUUGGAAUAAGAAAAGCAUUGGAUAUAAUGUUUACUCAACGUGAGUUGAAAAUAUUGGAUGACAUUAUGCCUGAGAAUUCGAAAAAACAACACGAGGACGAUCUCUGCCACCUGGAAAGUGGAGAGGAUCUGAAUGAAAAUCUCGACUUCGAUUCAUCGGGAGAUAACAAGAGUGGAAUCUGGCAACAAAUUAACGUGAAGCAACCAAAAAUUAUAAACAUUAGUAAGCAGAUGAAGCAGAAAGAAGUAGUAGGGGACUGUGGAAUUUCCAUUAAGGUUGACUUAAUUCGAUCUAAAGAAACAAGUCCAUAUAAAGUGAAUGGUAGCACAGCGGCUGAGACUUCCGUAUGAAAAAAGAAUUUUGGUUUUCACUUCAAACGAUUUUCUAAUUCUAAGGACACUAGUUAUUAGGUUAUUUAUAACAAGAAUAUAAGAAAUAUCCUUCCAAUAUUGAGAUAUUUUAUUUCUUUGUUUUUUUGUCAAAAAGACUAAUAUAUAAAAAGCCUAAUAUAACACGGAAAUUUGUACAAAAAAAAAAAAAAAAAACUAGAAAAUAGUAGUAGAUAGUGAGAAGUUUGCAAAAGUGAAGAUAUGGAAAUUUUUCUUAGCAAAAAAAAAAAUUAUAGUAAAAGAAACUUAUUCUUAAUCUAAUCUAAAAUUUAUUAAUUAAAUAUUAUUAUUACCGAACAUAUUAUAAAUUAUUUUCGAAUCAAAUAUAAUUUUUCUUUAAAUAUUUAUUUUGUUAUAAGAAUUCGAUAAAUUGAAUACUCUUUAGACAAGAAUAAAUUAUUCAAGAAUUAAAUAAAUAUCCUUGAAUCAAGAAUAAUUUCUGUUUUACGAUGUCAUAAUUUUAUUAUUUACAAAUUUUUAAUAAUUUUCAUCUAUUUUUGCAACUUUGCAUAGAAAAUUUUUUGUAUGUUCAUUGCUGAUAUUCGUCUCAAAUUUGCUGCAAACUUCUCGUGGUAAGGGGAUGGGAAUUGGUGAUCAAAUAAAUAUUAAGUAAUCAUAUUGUUAAUUCUCAAAGUUUCAAAUUUGUAAAAGAUGAAAAAAUUAUUUCACAUUAUUUAUAAGAAUAAUAUUCUAAUUGUUAAUUAUAUUUCAUUAUUUUUAUUAAAUAAUAUAUAUAGUUUUCAUCAACUUUUUAAAAAAAAAAAUUUUACAAAUUAUGAUAUAGUAUUUCUCAGUAAUAUCUUACUAAACGGAAUUUAAAAAAAAAGUGAUUGAAAUUUUAAGAUUCUUUAUAAAAAGAAAAAGGACGCAAUCAAUAGUCAUUUUUGAAAUGUUGUUAACUAGUUUUGCCAUAUUAACGAUAAAGAGGAAAGUAUGUUAUCUGUGAAACAAUUUUUACCAAUGAAACCUUAAAAAAAAGAUGAAUUAACGUGCAAUAAUAUUAUAAUGACCUAAUUAAAUUAAGAAAAAGUGAUAGUCCAGUAUGUUUGUAGGACAUAUUUAAACAAUAUUAAUAAGGUACGAAUGGAUUAUAUCAAGGACUAUUUCAAAACUCAAUGAGUGUAAAUUGACUUCUUAAGGGGAGACACUAUCAUGAAUGUUUUGAAUUUAUUUUUUCAUUAAUUAAUUUUUUUUUAAAUAUGUAAAAUACAAUCUCUUAUUAUACUCUGAGGGUCAAAAAGUACCAGUACAUUUGGAUAUGGAUUGAUAGAUAAUAAUCGCUUACUUUAAGAAGGUUCAACCCGUUAACAUAACCUCAAACUAAAAAGUAGUUAUUAACAGAACUAAAAAUAUAUUUAAAAUUUAUUACAUCCAAAUUCGACACAUCUAAUUGUACAAUUUUGGAAAAAAAUUAUUUUGAGUUAAAAUUUGUUGUUGAAUAAUAAUUAAUAAAACAUUUUGUAUUUUUUCUUAAAAGUUAUAGUGAACAAUGGCUCAUUUUUCUCUUUAAAAGAUUCUCUACAAUUCUAAUUUUAUGUUUUUGUUAAAUAAUGGUUUGUUUAAAAAAUAUAAAAAUUUUAUUUGUUUAUUAACUUUUGAACAAAAUAUUUUUAA